UCGCUCAAGAUGGCGCUGCUCGCGAUACAUUCUUGGCGUUGGGCAGCCGCGGCGGCUGCUUUCGAAAAGCACAAGCAUUCUACGCUCCUGACCCGGCCUCUAGUCACUAUCUGCUGCUCAGGUCCGCAAUGGAGGUCACAUCAACGCGGCGCCUCAGGAACCGUUCGGACCUACCAGGUUCCUUAUGUGUGUGCUUUUCUUUCACUUCAGCAUGGAGGAUCCUGUCAGAACCCAGAGUCAUUAAGAAAUGCUAUGUGGCAGAGAUGGAGAAAAGACAAUUCUAGACAGCUAUUAGAUGCUACAAAGGCUCUCCAGGCAUGGCCCCUGAUAGAAAAGAGAACAUGUUGGCAUGGUCACGCAGGAGGAGGACUCCACACAGAUCCAAAAGAAGGGCUAAAGGAAGUAGAUACUCGGAAAAUCAUAAAAGCAAUGCUUUCUUAUGUGUGGCCUGAAGACAGACCAGAUCUACGAGCUAGAGUUGUCAUUUCCCUAGGGUUUUUGGGUGGUGCAAAGGCCCUGAAUAUUGUGGUUCCCUUCAUGUUUAAAUAUGCUGUAGACAACCUCAACCAGAUGUCGGGAAACAUGCUGAACCUGAGUGAGGCACCAAAUACAGUUGCAACCAUGGCAACAGCAGUUCUGAUUGGCUAUGGUGUUUCCAGAGCUGGAGCUGCCUUUUUUAAUGAAGUUCGAAAUGCAGUGUUUGGCAAAGUAGCCCAGAAUUCAAUCCGAAGAAUAGCCAAAAAUGUAUUUCUCCAUCUUCACAACUUGGAUCUGGGUUUCCACCUGAGCAGACAGACAGGGGCUUUAUCUAAGGCUAUUGAUAGAGGGACAAGGGGUAUCAGUUUUGUCCUCAGUGCUUUAGUGUUUAAUCUUCUCCCCAUCAUGUUCGAGGUGAUGCUUGUCAGUAGUGUUUUGUAUUACAAAUGUGGUGCCCAGUUUGCAUUGGUAACCCUAGGAACACUUGGUGCAUAUACAGCAUUCACAGUUGCAGUUACACGUUGGAGAACUAAAUUUAGAAUAGAAAUGAACAAAGCAGAUAACGAUGCAGGUAACGCUGCUAUAGACUCACUGCUGAAUUAUGAAACUGUGAAGUAUUUUAAUAAUGAAAAAUAUGAAGCGCAGAGAUAUGAUGGAUUUUUGAAGACAUAUGAGAGUGCUUCAUUGAAAAGUACCUCCACUCUGGCUAUGUUAAACUUUGGCCAAAAUGCUAUUUUCAGUGUGGGAUUAACGGCUAUAAUGGUGCUUGCCAGUCGUGGAAUUGUAGCAGGUACCCUUACUGUUGGAGAUCUAGUAAUGGUGAAUGGACUGCUUUUUCAGCUUUCAUUACCCCUUAACUUUCUGGGAACUGUAUAUAGAGAGACCAGACAAGCUCUCAUAGAUAUGAAUACGUUGUUUACUCUACUCAAGGUAGACACCCGAAUUAAAGACACCGCAGUGGCAUUUCCUCUUCAGAUAACACCACAGACAGCUACGGUGGCCUUUGAUAAUGUGCAUUUUGAAUACAUUGAAGGACAGAAAGUCCUUAAUGGAGUAUCUUUUGAAGUUCCUGCAGGAAAGAAAGUGGCCAUUGUAGGAGGUAGUGGGUCAGGGAAAAGCACAAUAGUGAGGCUGUUGUUUCGUUUCUAUGAGCCUCAAAAAGGUAAUAUUUAUGUUGCUGGUCAAAAUAUACAAGACGUGAGCCUGGAAAGCCUUCGGAAAGCAGUGGGAGUGGUGCCUCAGGAUGCAGUCCUCUUCCAUAAUACCAUUUACUACAACCUCUUAUAUGGAAAUAUCAAUGCUUCACCUGAAGAAGUACAUGCAGUAGCAAAACUAGCUGGUCUUCAUGAUGCAAUUCUUCGAAUGCCACAUGGAUAUGACACCCAAGUAGGGGAACGAGGACUCAAGUUAUCAGGAGGAGAGAAGCAGAGAGUAGCAAUUGCAAGAGCCAUUUUAAAGGACCCCCCAGUCAUUCUCUAUGAUGAGGCUACUUCCUCAUUAGAUUCAAUUACAGAAGAGACUAUUCUUGGUGCCAUGAAGGAUGUGGUCAAGCAUAGAACUUCUAUUUUCAUUGCACAUAGAUUAUCAACAGUGGUUGAUGCAGAUGAAAUUAUUGUCUUAAGCCAGGGUAAGGUAGCUGAACGUGGUACCCACCAUAGUUUGCUUGCUAACUCGGGCAGUAUCUAUUCAGACAUGUGGCAUACCCAGAGCAGCCGUGUGCAGAACCAUGACAACCCCAAAUGGGAUGCAAAGAAAGAAUAUAUCUCCAAAGAGGAAGAAAGGAAGAAACUGCAAGAAGAAAUUGUCAACAGUGUGAAAGGCUGUGGAAACUGUUCCUGCUAAGUCAUAUGAGACAUUUUCCUUUCUUCUUUUUGGUUUGGUUUAUUUUGAAAUACACAUUUGCACUGAGGCAUACUUGUUUAAUUAAAACAAAAAUCGUACAUUCCCAUUUGCUAUAAUCUUGUUAAAUAAGAUAUAUUUAAAGGAGGAUUUGAGUUUACAUCUUUCACAAUCUGUUGAAUUAUCUAUAAUUAUGUAUAAUUAUCCCCAAAUUGUUUUCUUGUUACUGCCCUGGUUGUGUUCAGUGCAUGAUUUUUGUUAAUCAUUUGACUUUACCCAUUACUUUUUUUGAAGUCUGACAUCCAUUUGAUAUCCAUAACCAGAUGAAUCAUAUUGGUUUCCAAAUUUAUGUAGCUUUUUAAAACCUUCUUUGAGCUGAAAACAAUUGUAGGAAGAGUAUCUUUUUUAAAUAUUAAAGAACAAGAAAGAAAAUGAAAACAAUGUAGAUUGUUUCUCCUCUCUACUCCCUCCAAAUAAAGUACUUCAUUGAUAUGAAAAAUAGGUUGCAAACACACUUAAAGUUAGAACUUGUCAGAAAUAGACAUGUAUUUAUAUGUUUGAUGUUUCACUUUAUAGAAACCUAUACUUAAAAAUCUUGAAAUAUUUCUAAUUAUGUGGGUUUUGGAGGAAAUACUUUACUUCUCAUGUGACAUGGAAUAUUAUCUUUAACCACCAUUGUAGCACUUGUCUAGUGGUCAGAAUUUUAUUUUUCCACCAAAAUGAGUCAUUACUUUUGUUCUGGACCAAAGUUUAUGUAUUUUUCCUUUAAAAACUCAGAAACUGUCAUUUUGAGUGUUGCUACACUGGGAGUAAUUUCAAAAGUUAGGAAGUUAGUGGCCUUUUCAUAUUUCCAUCAUAAAUGCAUGGCUUUUCCCUCUGAAAUUAUAAAAAAACAAAUAUGAUGCUAUGUAUGCACACAUAUGUACAUGCUCAUACAAGUGUAUAAACUCAGUAUCCACUUAAAAUUAUUUAAGAUGUUUGGUAAAUAGGAUUCCAUCUGUACAUACAAUCUUCAGAUGGUCAGGACUCAAUCUACAUUGACUCUUCUGAAUUGUUUUUGUAAGAUUUUAUCUUCCUUUUUCAAUAAUUUAAUAAGUUCCUUCAAACCUAAUAUAACAAGGAGCCUAAGUAAUAUACAUCAAGUUUUAUCUGGGAAAAAAAGCAAAUGUUUAAAAUCCUAAAAAUAAUACUAAAGUGAUAAUACAUGUUCACUUAAAAAGUUGCUCUCUUAUGCCAGACACCUGUAGUUCCAGAACUCAAGAGGUUGAGCCAGGAAGUUUGCUUGAACCCAGGAGUUCAAGGUUAGCCUGGGAAAUAUAGUGAGUCUCUUAAAAGUAAAAGUUCUUGUUUUAAUAGGAACUUAGUUUAAUAGUACUCACACAAUUUGACAAACUUGUUUAAUCUCAUGAAAGGCCACAUAGCCAUAUGUAAUGUGGCUUGAUUGCUCAGGAAAUAUCCUAAAAUGCAUAUUUAAUUGCUUUAUGGUUUUAAUGUGUUUGAUAAUUUAGUAUGGGAAAUAGUAAUAUUUGUUUUGUUGACAUUGAGCAAAUACCUGUUGUUAUAUAAAGGCAGUUUGAUCUGAGGCCAGUAUUUCAGAGCUAGUCUUUGGUACCAAAGUAAGUUAUAUAGGAUCUUGCUUUUCAUAUUGAAGUUAACACUGACAUCUGCCAUCAUCAACUGCAAAAUAGGUUUAUUUUGUUUUGUUUUAUUGAUCUUUCUUAUGCUGAACACAUAGGUAUUAACCGCUGUUCUGAGGGAAAUACACUUCCUUUGACUAAAUCAGCAAUAUUAUUGGAUAUAUGGCUUAAACCUAAGUAGAAUUUUGCUUCUCUGUUAAUCCUUCCUACCUUUUUACGCAUGCUGUUGGAAAAGAUUGAGCAUAGUUGCAUCAACAAGCAGAUAGGAAUGAAAUAAUUAUUAGAAAUAAUUCUUUCCAAGUGUGAAUAACAGUGUUCAAAGCAAGUUAUUUUCUGAUAUGGGGAACAUUUAGUCCAAGAAUGUAGGAAUAUUUUCAGGGUAAAUCUUGAAGCUAUUUUCUUUUCAUAUGAUUGCAGGUGGUCCCAAGGCCAUUGUGGUCAUUAACCUGUAUUUUCAGCUAACAAAUACUUAAAUUACCUGCGGGGGGGGGGGGGAAACAGUUAUUUUAAGGGCCAUAACUAAGUCUUACAGACAUUUCUUUUAAAACCACAUUAUAUUAAAAUCAUUCUAUAGUAGGAAAUAAUAGGCAGAUUAAGAUGAAAGAAAAGCUUCCUAGUAUGAUUCAGUCAUAGAAAAUGCCAAGAAAAAAGGGCAUUUAAUUAUAAUGUACUAAUUUUACAUUAUGAUUAUUAUAUACUUGGACAAAAGGAUAAUGUGUAUAAAUUUGUACAUCAGUGUUAAAGCCAGGUUUUUAAUGUAUUGGGAUGAAUAAGCUACAGUUUUAGAAUUUGAGCUCUGAAAAUGGAGCAGGAUGGUAGGGUUUUAUUUCAAAUAUCCCUUUAUUGUAAAGAUUGAUUGUUAUUUUUUUUUUUACUUUCUUCAUAAGGGAAUCCCAGUUUACAAAAACUAACUUGAAGCCAAGGUAAUUUAGAAUCAUAAAACUAGGCCAAACGCCUUACCAAAGGUUCUUAAACAUGGAAAUAUCUUAGUGAGCAGAUGGGCUCAUUUGGAAAUUUUUUUACAGCUCAAGUCAGGGUCACUUGUGGUAAUCAGAGACCUUCACAUUUGGACAUAGACAAACUCAAGAUAUGCAUUUACCUUUUCUGUGCAGGGAUUUGUACUUUUUAUAUACCUUAAGAUAAAUAUUUUGUAUUUCCCUUCAAUUUUAACAAUUUCAGUUCAUGAAGAUGGCUGUUUUAAAAAAUAUCUUUUGCUUUAAAGGACAGGUAUUUAAAAAUUGUAUGAUUUCUUAUUUCUGGAUCACUUUGUCCAUAACUUAAGAUCACUGAGGAGGAACUUUUGCCAGUAUAUGUUCAUAAUUCUCUUAUUGCAAGAUAGAUACUCUGUUGUGAAUCCACAGUUGAAAGCAUUUAAAUAGAUCUGUAAUUGUAGUUUUCUUAAAUUAUACAGAGGUCCCUUCUCUGAGUACACUGAUUUAGAAUGUAAACUGUAUGGUAAAUCGCAAUAUUGAAUGGAACAAGCUGAUUAAAGCUGAUCAAAACAAAAGAACUCAGGCAAGAAAGCCCUUACACAGUUCUAUUGUUUACAACAAUCUGUGUGGAUAAUCAUUACUGAAUAAACAUUAUGUCUUUGUGACUAGGAA